AUGGCGGGUCCGCGGUACAAACCGUUUCAGUUUAUCUGGAACAGGUUUAGCUAUAAUGCCUUCCAUAUAAGAAGACAGAGAUUAUAUGAUCGUCUUUAUGCUGUUGUUGCUGCAGCAAUGAUUGGCUUUACUGUCUUUCAAGGGGCAAACAUAAUUUAUAUUUGGCAAGACGCUGUACACCACAACUACAGACAUUAUCUGCUCAAGGAGAAGACUCGAAAGGAGUUGGCAGAGAUGAUCCGAGCAGCAAGAGAAGAAGGAAUACUUCCUUCUUCCCCUAGCAGCAGCAGCAGCAGCAACAGCAGCAACAGCAGCAGCAUGGACGUGCUGCAGUGGGGGAAGCUGCCCACAGCAGCAACAACACCAGCAGCAGCUGCUGCUGGUCCGACAGCAGCAGCAGCAGCAGCAGCAGCAACAGCAGGCUGGCGAGAUGUCUAG